UGUCUCUAAAGAGUGGUGGAAAACUGUCUCCCAAAGAACCUCUGGGAGAUAAUGAGAUUUGAGAAAUUAAUAUAGCCUUGGUCUACAAGGAAGGAAAGAAGAGCAAACCUGAAAUCACUAACUGGUGAUGCUACACAUGGAGGAACUGUGAGGGCAAAUGAUACAAAAGGACUUCAAAAAUUAGCAAUGGAAUAGAACAAUCCAGCGGGAAAGAUGCUAAAUGUAUGCAAUUUUCCCCUCUCAAAAGGUAUUUGCUAAACAUUGGAAGCUUGAAGCUGAAGGAAUUCAUUUGCACCCGUUCUAUCUUCCAGAAGAUGAUUACGCUUAGGAAAAAGCUAACGGUUGUGGGUGAUGUUGCCUGUGGCAAGACAUGCCUCUUGCUCGCUUUCUGCCAGGAGCAGUUUCCCAAAUAUUAUGAGCCAACAGUGUUUGAAAACUAUGUCACUGACAUUGAAGUUGAGGGAAAGCCGGUGAAGCUGAUGCUCUUUGAUGUGGCAGGGCAGCGACAAAUCAAUGUCCAGCACAUCCGCUCCUUGUUCUAUCAAGACACUGAUGUCAUCUUAAUGUGCUUCUCAGUGGACAAUCCAAAUUCACUGCAGAAUAUCCUUGAUAUUUGGGUUCCAGAAGUCAGACAUUUCUGCCCCACAACACCCACUGUCUUGGUGGCUACUAAGAAAGAACUAAGAAAUGAUGAGAGUGUCCAGAAAAGACUUGCCACGAUGAGACAAGAGCCGAUUAGGUCUGCAGAAGGAAAGGCCUUGGCUGCUAGCAUUGGGGCAUAUGCCUACUUGGAGUGCUCUGCAAAGACAAAAGAAGGAGUUGAGAGACUCUUGGAAGUAAUUGGCCAAGCUGCAAUACAGGAUGGAGCAAAGACAACAAGAACACAGUGUACAUCCUGUGAAGUGCUAUGAGAAAAGCAAAAGUUAUUUUGCUCUUUAACCUUUUGAAGUGAAAAGUAUUUGUGGACAAAACAAUGAAGUAAAGAAAAAGCCAGAGACCAUGACAUCAAUUAGGCAGAGCAAGAUGGAGACAUCGCAGCAGGAACGACUGUCAAGAAGCCAGUGCAGAUGAACUGUAGUGGCAGGAUGCAGCUGGUGUUGGAUGUCUUCAUGCAUGCCUCCUCACUAUCAAGGAUGCAUGAAGACCUUUGCUGUCAGUCCUGGAAAUAGAGACUUGGGUUCUGGCUACAGAGGUAAAGGCUCUAUACAGGAUGAGUUGAAUGGAAAACGGUACUUCAAUAAAUACCUUAAAAUCCUGA